AUUUAUAGGGGAACCCUGGCCACCAGACAUAGAAGUCAGAACUGCUCCUCAUAUUUCUGUGUAUAGUCCUUUAUGUCCCUAGCUUUGAAGGAAAGUGUUCCCUAGAUUCCCGACCGCAUAUGUUUGUGAAUUGUUCAGUGGUUUGAAAGUUCUUUGGAAUUGUGACUGCAAUUGAAAGUGGUGUUUGUUUUGUGGCUCCUGAGGCAGCAGAAGUCAGCUCUCCUCCAGGUCUGUUAAUGAGUUCUCCUCAGCCUGGCAAUCGAGUCAUACCAACAGAGCAGUGAAUAUAAACAGCCUUGAUACCUUUAUAACUACUGCUUGCUUUAAAAUAACUUUUAUUAAGCAAAAUAUCAGUUUUUUUGGGUGAAACUCCAUUUUAACAUUACUAGCGAGUAGCGACUGGCAGUCCAGCCCAACACAGCAGCACUAAACCUCUGGCUCGGUUACCUGCCCUGGAAAUAUGGCACAUAAACAGUGACAGACACGUGACAGUGGGCAGUGAAAGUAGGCGGGGCUGUGCCUGCUGCUGGUGCCUGGAUGGGAUCAGUACGUACAAAGUGCCGGGGAACUCAAGUCCUGCAGCGCUUUCCAGCUCCGCAUCUCAGCACCGGGGAGAAGCCAGCUUGCCCAGCCUGGGCCGAGACACUUCUUGUGCCGAUGUGGGUGCAACAUGCCGUGGGCCGGGCUCCUUCACCUGGGCGCCUCUCUGAUCCUGCUCUCCGCUGCUUCUCUCUGCACAGCCCUGAAAUGUGUGUGCCUGCUAUGUGAGAACACAAACUACACCUGCCAGACAGAAGGGGCCUGUUGGACGUCCGUGAUGCUCACCCAUGGGAAGGAGGAGGUGCUGAAAUCCUGCAUCUCGCUGCCGGAGUUUAAAGCUCAGGUUUUCUGCCACAGUUCUAACAACAUCACCAGGACCGAGUGUUGCCUUUCAGAUUUCUGUAACAAUAUAACACUCCGAUUGCCGGCAGUGACUCCAAGAGUGUACCAUAUGGGCCAUGUGGAACUGACGGUUAUCAUCACCGUAUCUAUAUGCCUCUUGUCAAUAGUCAUAAUGGUGACUGCGUAUGUCUGUCAGGGGCGCUACUGUACUAAGAAGAAAGCCCGGCGGCAAUGUGUUGAGGAGCCUCUUACAGAGUGUCCCAUGGAUAUUGCUGGGAAAUCACUUAAAGAUCUUAUUUAUGAUAUGACAACUUCGGGAUCUGGGUCAGGUUUGCCUCUUCUGGUUCAAAGAACUAUUGCAAGGACUGUUGUCAUUCAAGAACUUGUCGGUAAAGGACGAUUUGGAGAAGUGUGGCGUGGAAAGUGGUGUGGAGAAGAUGUGGCUGUAAAGAUCUUUUCCUCUAGGGAUGAAAGGUCCUGGUUCCGGGAGGCUGAGAUAUAUCAGACAGUUAUGCUAAGGCAUGAAAAUAUCCUUGGCUUUAUUGCUGCUGAUAAUAAAGAUAAUGGCACUUGGACCCAGCUGUGGCUUAUUUCAGAAUUCCAUGAACAGGGUUCCUUGUUUGAUUACCUAAACCGCAACACUGUAACUAUCGGUGGAAUGAUGAAACUGGCACUGUCUAUAGUGAGUGGGCUGGCGCACCUACACAUGGAGAUUGUUGGUACUCAAGGGAAACCUGCCAUUGCUCACAGAGAUCUGAAAUCCAAAAAUAUUCUCGUGAAGAAGAACGAUACUUGCUGCAUUGCAGAUCUGGGUCUGGCUGUGAAACAUGAUUCCAUAACUAAUUCAAUAGAUAUCCCUCAAAAUCCUAGAGUAGGAACCAAGAGGUAUAUGGCCCCGGAAUUGCUGGAUGAUUCAAUAAACACAUAUCACUUUGAAUCGUUCAAAUGUGCAGACAUCUAUUCCCUUGGCUUGGUAUACUGGGAGAUCGCCAGGAGAUGUUCGGUGGGAGGAGUUGUUGAUGAAUACCAGUUGCCUUAUUAUGACAUGGUGCCUUCAGACCCUUCUUUGGAAGACAUCAGGAAGGUGGUCUGUGAGCAGAAGUUAAGACCCAGCAUACCAAACCAGUGGCAGAGUUUUGAAGCUCUGCGAGUCAUAGGCAGAAUCAUGCGGGAAUGUUGGUAUGCCAAUGGCAAGGCCCGACUGACCUCCCUCCGCAUUAAGAAGACCAUCGCUCAGCUUUGUGUGGAGGAAGAUUACAAGCUGUAAAUGGAAUGCUGCCCAGAGUACACAGACUGAUAAUACUGUACUCGGGUCGGCUCGUAUUCGUUCUACCUCAGAAGUAACAAGUGCCAGGUGGACAUGCCAAGAAAUGGCUCUAAUGGCAGCUUCUUGGUGACUGUGGUUGGAUUGACUUUUUUUAUGGUAUCAUUGGGAAAUAUGUUUGCUUGAAAAGUAUGGUCAGAUAUAUUUUAAUACAAAUGAACCUGAAAUGGCCUUAAAACUCUAAUUAACUCCACCACCCCCAUUAAUUUAAUUAAGAAAAACAUUUACUUAAAGGACUUUUUAUGUUUCUAUUUGGCCCCAUUGUAUAAAUUUAAAAAAAAAUUAGAACAAUUCAACCUAAAGCCCUUGUGAAUGUUAUCGGUUGGUCAUGCUGCAAGUUGGGCACCGCUGAUAUUAGGGGAUACAGACGCAUGUUGCCCUGCUGUUGCCUUCUUGCUCUGCUCCUAUACCUGCUAAAACCCAAAUCACAGUAUGUGCUCUGCGUGGCCCACCAUGAAGGGCCCUGGGCAGUUAACCCAGGUCAUCACAACUCCUACAGGCAGCGUGCAAAUCUAUUUGAUUCCGGUGAAAAUGAGAGGGGUGUAUUUGUUCUCAAACUGUGGGAAGCAGUGGCAGGGUUCAUAGCAAUGACGGUUAAGGUAGAAUUUGGGGAGAUAUACCUAAUUUAGGUUGAAAACUUAUUUUCUGAAUGGUUCAUAAACUAAUAUUCCUUUCCUAACUGUUUUAUGAGCUAAGAAGGUUCCUGACUUGUUGUCUGAGCACAGCUCUAUCUAUACAUUUUUCUACAACCACUACCAUAAUUUAUCAGCCCAGUGUCCCUUAUAUAUUGCAGGACUACAACUCACAAUAUAUUUGAUAGUAUGUUUGAGGAUUCUGAGCGUUGUACUGCAGCAACAUCUGGCAACCAAAUGUUAAGAAACCGGUACAAUACCCAGAGAUGGAACUAGGACUAUUAAAUGUUACAGUAGGGAUCCUGUGUUAUAUAUAUAUAUAUAUAUAUAUAUAUAUAUAUAUAUAUAUAUAUAUAUAUAUAUAUACAUACACAAAUGUAAUUACUAACAAGUAUUUGUGGAUUCCCUUCUAUUGUGGAACCACGCCAAAUUAUGAAGUAUGCAACAUGAAAGAAUAUUAACAGAAAUGUGGUAUUAGAUUUAAUUUACAGUUCCCAAGCACAGAGACUGUAAUUUAAGGGAAACAAUUAUGAAAAUUGCAUAGGAGUUGUACAUUCCAUGGAGGUUAUUUCAUGUUGCUGGAUGACCUUAUUUGGCGCUGAUGCUGUUGAGGUAAAAAGCUGCUAAUGGCUGCCGAGGAUUGUUCCGACAUGGAUGGGGAAGUACAGUGGAGAAUGGCUGCAGAAGGUGAUUGACAGCUUUGCUUUCAAAGAUAUUGUUCUGCAGCUAUAGAUAUUGGAGCUUAGUUAUUUCUACCCCAGUUCGUGGGUCUCAGAGAAGAACCAGCAGAUCUUAAGGCAAGUAAGAAGAGGCUGUGGCUCCUUUCCCCUUUGCAUCCAGCAGGAGAAGGAGCCUUGGCAGAUGAAAUUUUCAGUUUGGACAGUGCCAUCUGAAAUGCCUUUAGCAGAUGCUAGUUCAGCAGUAGCAGUGUAAUCCUGGUAAAGGGAAAUGUUUGGCAUAGUGUAAUGGCGAUAUUCCCCAUUCAUAAAAGGGAAAGUAACAUCACCCCUUAUUAUCACAAACAUUUCCCCCUGAACUCUUUAACCGUUCACGGAUAAUAUGAGAUGUUAAGGUGAUCUGUGCUAGAAAAAAUGAGUUUAACCCUUUCCUUGACAACAAUGUAGAUUCUAUAUCAUUGAUAAGUCAUGUAACUACCUGCUGGCAAAGUAGAGUCUAUGUUUCCAGCUAUGGGAAUAGAAGGUUGCCUUGCUUUGUGCCUUUCCUGAAGCCACUAAUAUGGCCAGGAAGGGGUUAAUGGGAUGCAGGUGUACACAGAGCAGAUUGGCAAAACUAUAGCUCAGCACAGUCCAUUGCAUGAGAAGGGAACUACCCAGCUUUCUUGCUUUUUUCACCCUUUGAAUAUGACCCUGAAAUACUAUAUAGGUGAAUAGAAAAAUUUUAAAUUUGCCUUUGGCAAGCCGUGGUGAUCUCUAUUAUCAGCACACAAGAAAUACCGCCCUUUAGUGAUAGUGUGCCAGAUCUACUCUGUAAGCUAUUCAUAUCCAAAGAUGUUAUCCUUACAGUUCUUGUGAAGAGAGAUCCCUCUAGUGGUCAAUGAUCGAACUGCUUUUUGUAGUAAUUGUUUUUAUCUAUAUGUUUGUGCCAACUUGUUUCACAGUUGAUACAAUUUAAAAAAGAGAAUAUUAAUGUGGAGAGGGGGAGUUGAUAUAAAAAGGACAAGGGUACACAGUUUAGAGUGGGCUAGCCAUACACUUCCCAUGGGCAGAAUUCUGUAUAUUGGGUGGACAAACAAAUCUGGACUUCAUAGUAGUACUACAACCAUCACUGAAAGGCUGCAGGUAGAGUGACACUGAUAAUAGGCUGCUGUUGUCAUUUAGCUAUAUGCAACUUUCAACUGCUUCUCUAAUAGACUGCAGUUUAUAUGCAGCACUGUAGGCCGGUUACCCAUAAUAGGGCCCCAAUAAACAGCUGUAGGGCCAUUUUUUUUGCACCCCUGUGUAAUGCUCUCAAUUAUUCUCCAGGGCUGUACCCACUGGGCUACAUUAAUCUGUGUUUGACAUUUCAGUGCAGAAAUGUUAUGGGUGAAGCUUGCAAUACACAAAUAUCUGCUUGUUUUGUGAGGCUGGCAAAUGAGCAGAUCUAUCCACAAUAUGUGCAUCUUGAGCUGGGCGAUAUUGGGCUGAGCAGAUCGUUUGGUCCAAGAGCCAAACCAACAGAUCACAAUGAUGGUAUAUGAAGACCAUUGAGGUGAAGGCAGAAUCAAGCCAAGCGGUGAUUUUCAGACAGAUAUAAGUCACAAAUCAGUGGGCAGGACCCUCUUCACCUCUUGUAUUGGUUAUUGGUUGCUUUGUAUGUAAUUCUGUAUGUUCAACAUAUAAACUCAUUUAUUGUACAGCGCUGUGGAAUAUGUUAUAAAUAGAUGUAAAUAAUAAUACCCCCAAAAAGUGGCUAUUGUGCACGUGGUGGGUUGGAAUUACAGAUGUGGGUAUAGGGACGAGUCUUUGGGUUUAGUGAGUCAAGUCAUGUGACUCAACAUUUUUCAUCUCCCUUCUAAUGUUGGCACCUUCACUUUUUGGUGACCCCAGUUUCAUUGUGGCCAGCAAUCAGUUGUGGGUCAGAUUGGGUAGCAGGCCAAACCAUAUAAAAAUUCAUGAUGGGGUUCUGUAUUUCAGAAAUUAGACCCAGACAAUGCUCUGCCAUGCAUGGAUACAGUCCCUAUAGAGAGGAAUAGGGUGCAUGUGAAUUCAGACUAAGGAGGCACUGAAUUUCCUUUGUGAAAAAUUCGGCUGAAUACCGAACCAAAUCCAAACCCUCAUUUGCAUAUGCAAAUCAGAGUGGGAGAGGAAAAAAAGAGCUGUUCGCUCAGCGCGCAGCUAAAAGAUAUUUUACUUCCUUGUUUUGUGACAAAAAGUCACAUGAUUUCAAGGAUUAGGUUCGGCCAGGCACGAGGAUUUAGCUGAAUCCAAAUCCUGGGAAUACCGAACCGAAUCCUGGAUUUGGUGCAUCCCUAGUUCAGACACACAAAAAUGCCAUUGCACAGUAACACAAAUGUGUAAGAGCCCUUACGCAGAGGUCUAAAAUGAAUCCACAGUGCAGCGAUGCUUGCUUUAGUGGGCAAAACUGCUUUAAAGGAGAACUAAAGCUUAACUAAAGAAGUAGCUAGAAAUGUUGUACAUCAUGUUUUUGGAUU